AUGGAAAUGGAAGGAAAUUCUGCCUUUCCAUUUAACCAGCAUGGGCGCAGGCGUAGUCGAGCAGCUUUCGACUGUUGACAUUCCUCCCGGGGCAUCCAUCCAUGCAUGCCCGAGGCUGCUGUCUCUUAUGCAAUCGCGUCCCCCUUAUCUCUAUUUGCAUCAGGCGGAAGAGGUCUCCUUGCUCCGGGGGAAAUAUAUACAUGAGCCUCUCGACGAUGUUACCCGCGAGAAGUUGUGUAGGUAUGAGAGUUUCCGGUGGCUGGAUAUAAUCGAGGGCUUCCACAAGGGUUCACUCGACCUGGCUGGUCGUCACUUCUCUCGUUAUCUGCCUCUGCAGAACCUCUGGCGGGCCUUCCGCAAAGAGUUAAUGGACGUCCAACAGAAGAGGCCAUCGAGAGGCCAGGAGAACGGAACUCUUGAGUCAAAAGUGGAGGCAGUUGUACUACGUGAUGAACCUGAUGCCGAGAGUCUGCAAGAACUGCGUCAGAAAUGGUCCAUCGCAUCAACGAUCACUUACGAGGAGCUCCUCGGCAAAGCAGCUGCCAUUGACUAUGUCAUGUCUGUUCAGCCAAUGCCUAUACUUCAAAGGCGACGUCUCAUGUUCCUUCCCGUCGAAUUGUUGGACGCCAUAAUGGGAAUUGCGGAAGUACGCGACGCUCGUUUCUUCUCUGCAACCUGUCGCCUUUUACGGCGGAUAUCCCUUAAGUAUAUAUACACGGAGUUGAUAUUUAUCUGUCGGAUGUUCCCACCGGAAGACGGGGAAUUCUUAGAUCGACUUCGGGCGCAUAAAGCGGAUAUUCAGAGCCAGUUGCUUCCGCAAAGGGAUCGUUUCAUGGCUCGACUGGACUUCGUGAAGUCUCGUCGCGAUAUCCUGGACAACAUGAGCAAGAUAUGCAUCAUGGAUCAGUGGAUGACAUGCCCGGAGGCUCUGGAGGAAGUGGGCGUGGUGGAUAUAGUGAGGCCCCUGGAUGCCACUAUCUGCACCGCCAUUGGCGGCUUCUUACAGGCAGCCACGAGCCUGACGAGCCUUUUCUUGUGGCAAAUUACCCUGGACCCUGCUAUCUUUCAGGCAGUAGCAGCCAUGCCGCGUCUUCGCACCGUGCACUAUAAUAUGUGCGGUUUGGAAUUCGACCCUCGCUGGCUAGUCAGACACGCGCGUUCGACCUCUGUGGUAAAUUUGGCGCUUGUGGUCAAUUCGGAAACCGGUUGGACCAUGUGGAAUGUGCUGCCGCUCUACCCCCAGGCCCGGGUCUGCACUAUCUGUCCGAAUCCAGGUCCCCUCCAUAAUCCCCUUUUCUUACCCGAAGACGUAGUGCAGGACAGUCACGCAGUCGCUUUCUUCGCCUCGGUCGAAAGGCUUUUCAUCGAUAGCUUUGACAUCCCGGAUGCGUUCACAUUGCCGACCCUGUUUGGUCUCGCAGCAACUACAGGAAACGGGCUUCGCCUCACGCACUUCAAACUACACGCCGUCUACGGAAUGAAUCGCAAUCAAAUUAUUGAACUCCUGACCGCUCUGUCUAGCGCGCCUUUGGAGGUCUUGAUUUUGGAAGGUGUACAGUAUGCGGAGCCCGACUUGUUUGAGCUCAUAAGCAACGUCUUCCCCAACCUGAUUGCCCUCACCGUAUGUUACCGGCCGAAUGACUUCCAUCCGACGGGUGAAAUCAAGUGGCCAUGUCCUUCAUGGGAGUAUGCCCCUCACCUGCGACGCUUCCACCGUCUUCAGCAUCUUGGUAUGAAUCUCAAACAUGACAUUGAAUACUCGCCGAGGGAUAUGCUCAGCGUCGAGGAAGAAUAUGAGACGCUUCCCGAAUGGGACGAAGAUGCCCUGGACGACAAUGAUUGGACUAUCGCUAGGACCUUCAGCGUCUCAUGCCCGUCACUGAAGACAUUCCUGUUCGUGCCAGGUCCGAGGUCUAGUAAUUUUGGCAUUGAAAUCACCAGGAACGGUUCAGAGUCACUGUUCACAGGGAAGUUCGAUUCGCACCUGCCCAUCAAGGACUUCAAUCCGCGCUACCACGACAUCCUAUUCAAUACAAUGUGCUCUUGGGAGGAUAGGGAUGACAAACAAGGGUACAUGACUGGGAAAGAAUUUACACAUUAAAUGGAAGUGGGGGAUUCGAAGUUUCGAGGAGUCUGGGUAGGUCGAUUUCGUGUUUCUUGCUUCUGAUUCUGUACUGGUACUUAGAAGUUCGAAAUGUUAUAUCUCAGAUGUACGUUGCGGUCGUUUAUCUAAGCUUUGCUACUGUAGCUCAGGCGGGUAAUACAAGAAUCAUUAUAACUGU